AUUGCUACUCCAUGGUAGAUAUGAGAUUUUGUGUUCAGUUUUAUAGUUUUUAGGGGAAAAAAAUAAACAAUGAAAAUAUCAAUACAUCUCGCGUUUACGCUGCUAGCAGCAGUGGUUGGAUUUCGUUGCUCAGAGCUGGACACAAGUGAUAGGCGAUUAGUCGAUAUUUUAAACGGCUGUGAGUGGGUAACAAGAAGAAAUGUGAUCUCCGAAGCACUUCUGGAACGCUACCGGAAAUAUAUGAUGCAAAUCUUUUUCAUACAAGACGACGUGUGUGCCGUUUAUGAGUGGAACAAACAUCUUAGGGAGAACGAAUUGGCAGAGGAAAACGGAUUAGAAGAGGUCGAAGAAAAUGAUUCAAAUGACAAACAGAAUAGUCGAGAAAGCAGCGCACCACCCGCUUCACCUUUUGCGCACUUAACUAAUUCAUCUUGUGACAUAGGUGCAAAGGAAUUAUAUAUCUGUAUGUCAAGCCAAUUCGAAGACACAGCUCUAAAUGCGAUGAUACUGAACAACCUGGAGCUGAUCUGUGAUCCGCGACAUUCGACGUCAACCAUCGAAAAGCGCAACUCCAAGUACGUGUCGAAGCAGAAAUUCUUUUCGUGGGGUGGCAAACGGAGUAACGCACAUGUAUUCUAUCCUUGGGGUGGCAAACGUAGCCUUCCAACCGGCCGUGUUCCACGACAACCGAAAGUCGUCAUCCGUAACCCUUUUCAUUCGUGGGGCGGAAAACGCAGCCAGCCAGGCGCCAUGCGCGGUUAGUUUAGCUAAGGCGCUCCGCUAACAACCUUCUGCCGGUGGUGACGCGUGUAUCCAGUGGGAGUUAGAGCAUAUUGUUGAGUUUCGUUUCUUGCAAUAAAUAUUACAUCAGUUUGCCAGUGCAUGUUCCAGUUUCAUUCAUAAAUAUACAUUUGAUAAUUAAAGGAUAAUAAGCGCAAAUA